CAUGUUUUGGCAAAUUUAAAGUUAGCGUUAAGGCUAACGGCACAACAUUUAUGGGGUUUUUUUAGGACUCAGGGAACACAAGCCUAACGUUAUGGUGUAGGCUAUAGUAAAUAGAAGACAACACACACACCAGCCAUCAAAUUAGGCACGCGAAAGCAGCGGUUGGCUGAAGAACUUCAUUGCUCCUGCAAACAAGUUAAUUGUAACUAGCUGUGUAACAAGGACGCCCAAUGGCUACGUCUUGUGUUUUCGAAGGUGCUGACAAUCGUUAAUUCACCAGCUGCACAGUCAGUGUGAUUCUUGCUGCAGUGAUGCUGAAUUAAUAACUGAAGACUAUCUGCUACUGACAAUGAAGUUUCAAGACCGAGAGUCUGCUUUGUCACCUACUGUCAUCAGACAAAUUCAGUAACCUCUUAAAACACCAGCUCUGUUAUCCAGCAUAUUUACUGCCUUAUUGCUACCAUUCCACUGUACCAGCAAAUCCUCACGCAUUAUCUACCUGCUCUAAACUUGUCCAGGUGCUUUCAUUAGCUGUGAAAAGCUUCUUCCUCAUCUUCUCCACAGUUUUUUCUCACUUAACGGAAAACUCAAUUCCCAAAUGAUGAGGGCAGACAGCAAAGGUCGAAGUGCCUCCCCUCACAGGAUAACCUAUAAGUCUGACUUCCACGCCAUCAAAUGUUCAUUUGACACUGGAACCAGUCUGCAACCAGGGACCAAAGCUACUGCUGCCGCUGCCCAGCGCUCUGCUGUGUACUCAACCGGGCUGCCACCCAGCCUGUCAGAUUCGAUAAUGUCUAACAUCAGCACCAGCUCCGCCAUGUGCAGCAGAGGGAGGGCUCACAGCACCAGGGGGACCAAAAUCAGAGAAAACAUCUUCCUGCAAAUGGACAGUCAGCAGCAGAAACAAGAUGGUGGUCCAGUGCUCAGUUCUGGCUCCACACCCCUCUUUUCUCCCCAUAAUGCUAACCUGCAGCCCCAUACUUCACUUUUUUGUCGUUCCAGACAUUCAGUCAUCAGUUCCUCAUCUAUUCUGAACACUGUGGCCAACAUUUCUACUCCAGAAUGUUCUCUGCUAGAAAAACCAUCCAGAUCAGAGGAGAUAGUGGAUAUCGACAGAGCUGCUCUGGCUCAGAAGUUCUCUGUAACCCGCAGGUUGUUUGAAACAAAGGUGAUGGUGGGUGAAGGCAGUGGAGCACAGGUUUCUAAAGGUAUUACCAGCAGGGGAAGCAAAGGGAUGGCAGAUGAGAAAGGAGGAGAGGAAGAGGAGAGAAGAGGUGUCAGCCAGGAAGAAAAGGGGCAAGAUUCAAGUGGGAAAGGAAUACACACAGAAGAGGAUAGCGUUAACAAGCACAAAUCCCUAAACCUACCCAUCAUUAAUAUUUCCUUGCCAAAGCCUCCUGCAGAGGUCUUACUGACAGGACACCUUGAAUCUCCUGUAUUGGAUGGCCCGAGUAAAGCAUCUAACACAUCUCCCUCCUGUCUCAACAAACAUGGCCCAACCACAGGAUCACAAACAGAGAGAGAAAGAAAGGCAGAAGACGCAGCUCUUCACCCUUGCUUGACACCUGAGGUACCACUGAGGGCAGAAUUAGUUGACGUGAAGAAUGAGUCAUCGGAAAGUGACGAGAACGAAGAAGAAAAGGAGAGGAAAGAGGCCAAAAAUCGUCUUAAAGAUGAGGGGGAAAAGUGUGUGAGCAAAGUUUCAGAAGAAAGUGUGCAAGACCUGGUGGAUGAUGUUUUUGAAGAGCCCAGCAUGGCAACAACACUAUUUAUGCUGGAAAAUGGAGUGGAUCUAAGAGUAGGAGGCAGAAGGCCAUUCAUUUCCCCAGAAGAGCACCUGAAGGAGUUAUCGGUCAACAUGUCAUGUAAGAAAGAGACUAAGGAUGACAGGAAAGGUGGAGGAGACAAGUAUUGGCAGGUGAAUGAACAGUGGGAGGGGCAGAGCAGACAGUUCAUUGCACGAGAUGAAAAGUCAGCAAAAAAGGGGGACUACAGGGAGAAAAAGACUGAUGAAGAAAGUGCUGAAGUGAAAGAGAGAGGCAUGGUGCAAGAGGAGGGUAUCGACAAGGAAGUUGGCUCUCACAGUGUAGGGAAGAGGAUAUGUGGAGAAGAAGAAUGCAAACGAAGUCGAGAGAAGGAAGGGACUGAAACAGAAGAGAAAAGUGAGAAAGAAGAAGAUUCAACAUUGGAGCUGCAACAGGAGCAUGCCAAUGAGGAAGUGAAGAAUGAGGAGUGCAGUGAGGCCAGUGAUGAAAAAGAUAAUGGAGGAGGAGGCCAAGUCCAGACAGGAUCUGCAGUUAUCUGGGGGAUUGAGAACGAGGCCUUUGUAUGUGAGCAGGAAUCCCAGUCUCAUCCAGAGCAUUCGACAUCACCAAGACAGGAACUGGAAAACUCUGCACAUACAGGAAGUGAGCUUUUAUUGCAAUAUGAGGAAAUUCCAGGUGUGCCUGAAGUGGCCAAACAGGAGGAUGAAGAUGCAGUGAAAGCUGCAAAGAGAAAAGUCAAGUUCUCCUCCUCACCAAUCAAGGUGUACUGCACUUACUCCAACGCAGAGUACGACAGACACAAUGAGGACAUUGACCCUGUGUCGGCCUCGGCUGAGUAUGAGCUGGAGAAGAGGGUGGACAGGAUGGAUGUCUUUCCAGUGGAGAUAGAAAAGGGGGAUGAUGGUCUGGGCAUCAGUAUCAUAGGAAUGGGUGUUGGAGCCGACCAGGGACUGGAAAAACUGGGAAUCUUUGUCAAAACAGUCACUGAAGGAGGGGCAACACAGAAAGAUGGAAGGAUUCGGGUGAAUGACCAGAUAGUGGAAGUGGAUGGGGUGAGUUUGGUUGGAGUGUCGCAGCUGUUCGCAGCCACAGUCCUCAAGAACACAUCAGGCCUCGUCAAGUUUUUGAUUGGCCGAGAGAAGGAGGGGGUGGAGAGCGAGGUGGCGCGACUGAUCAAUGAAAGCCUGGAAAUGGAUAAAACAUCGAGAAAGAGAGAAGGCGCGCCUGGAGAUGAAUAUCAUGAUAGUAGCGUGUCCGAGAGGGACUCAGUGGCCGAGGAAGAAGAGGAAGACGAAGAGGAGGAUGUGUCUGUUUUGUCCAGCCUGGACAACCAUCAGCUCUGCCUCAAAUACCAGCAGCUUCAGUCAAAACUACGAAGCAGAGCAGCUCAACUUCACCACGCUAGAGAAAAGUUAAAGGCAUUGGAGGAGCAGCAGGCCUCUUGGGAGAGCCAGAAGGACGAGUUGGAGCAAAGAGUGGAGGAUGGAGAGGAGAAAGCUGACAAACUAGAGAAGUAUUGGCAAGAGGCCCAGACACUGUGUAGGGUUGUGAGCCAGCGCCUGGCUGAUGCUCAGAGCCAAUCAGAAAGCCUGGAGAUCAAAUACAACAAAGCCAAGAGACUGGUCAGAGAAUACCACAGCAGAGAGGAGGAGAGGGAGAAAAGAGAAGCUGAUUUGAGGAGAGAAAUGGAGGAGAGAGAAAAGCUUCACAGAGCCACAGUUGAAAGACUGCAAAGCCAGAUAGCACAGGUGGAGAGGAAAGAGCCAGACAGAAAGAACCACUCUGUGGACUCUUCAGUCACAGGUCCAGACUGGUAUAUUCCAGUUCCUGAUACGGGACGUCUAGACUCCAGUGCUCACAUAGCCAGAGCUCAGCUGGCCCAGAAAUCGAAGCGCCACCCGCCCUCUCGAGACAAACUCAGAGAGAGCUUUAGAAAAGAGGAAGCUGAAGUUCAGAAACAGCAGGAGAGCCAGUCGCUGUCCACUCAGACGGUGGUCCAAAGGAGCAGCAGAAGCGACCUGUCCAGCACCUCGUCUUUCUCAGCACUCAGUCCUCAGCCUCCCACCAGCUUCGUCUUCACGCCUCCCAUCUCCAUCACCGACACUGUCACUCCCUCACCAUGCAAAUCCUCCACUUCCAGAAAGUCCAAAAGGAAAUUUCCUGACUUCAGUGGCCUUCGCAAGUCUCUCAGCAAAAGGAGAAGCAAUAAACACUGCAAAAGGUCCAUAAAAAACAGUGGAUCAUGUGGUGAAUUGGUGGACGAGCCCACUGGAGUUUCUCCGUCGGGUUCGGUCACCUCCAUGCCUUCUUGCCUGCCCUUUCCUUGGUUUGGUGAGCGAGGGAGAGAAAAAGAAGAGGAGGGUGAGAGAGGCAGGGAGAGACUUCGAUCUGUGUCCAGCAGCAGUUUACCCUACCUGACCACCACAGGUAGAAGAGAUCAGACAUUGGAUGACGAGCCAGUUCCCACCAAUAACAACAACCAGUGGCAAAGUCGACCCGUCUUGGAGUGGAACAACCAGCAGGUGUGUCUGUGGUUAGUCGCCAUGAACAUGGACCAGUACGCGUCUGAGUUUGCUGCGAGAGGUGUGGAUGGGACGCAGCUGCUCAGCAUGGACGGUGAGAAACUCAAGGCUCUGGGCGUGUGCAGCCAUAGCGACCGGUCUGCCCUCAAGAAAAAGCUGAAGGAGAUGAAGAAAAACGAGGAGAAGGAACAAAGAAAAGAAGAGAAGAGGCUGAAGGAGGAAAAGGAGAAGAAUGCGGUUUUGGAUAAGGAAAUGGAAGACAAGGACAAGGCGAGGAUGAUGAUGGAAAAGUCCGUAAAGGACACCAGACGCAGUGGCAAAACUGUAAGAACCGAGUCACUUUUAUAAAGGUGAUAUAGGUGGUGCACCACCAGCAUGAGGACAUUUGCAGUCUAAGGCCCAACUAUACACCUGGACCAAUCUCUUAGUUAUUUAACAGAAACGGCUACAUCUGCUGCGCACAUCGUCCUCUGAAUUUAGAACAUUUAGGACACAAAACACUGGUUGGUUUCAGUGGAUAGACAGAGCAGAGGUUGACUUCAUCACGUUUUCUCGGCUAAUGAUCAUCUCUCUGUGUAUAUCAAGUGUGAAGUGUGUGACCACUUGCUGUUUUACAGUGAUGUUUUUUUUAAUCAUGAUUUUAAUAUUUAACGCUGUGCUGAUUUAAGCACGUAGGUAUUUGUUGUAAAUGCUUUUUUUUAUGUAUUAAUAAAUAUUCUUUUAAACUUC